CUCGGGGAUCCUGGCUCUCGUUCCCUCUCCGUCUCGCCCGUGCUGCAGCGCCGACUAACUGUGUGUGUCCUGGCUUCCCGCCAUGGCUGCGGGAUGACACUCGAGGAUUGCCGAGCUCGCCCGAGCAGACACGAGGGCCGAAACGCGGGCAGCUGCGAGCAGCAGCAGCAGCAGCAGCUCGGCGGACAAAGAAUACUCUCGGAGCGUACACACAGUCACCGCGCGCGGCGAGCACACUCAGCACGGGCCAGCCCGCAACCAAAGGUACACAGCCAGUACAGGCGAGACCGGAGUGAGCUGCUGCGCUCGCUCUCUCUCCGUCCGUCCGUCCUCGGAGUUGCUUAUUUUUUUCUUAUUUUCAUCACACUCACAUACACCCACACGCGUACCCUUGGUUUUUGCAACCCUCCGUAGUGCACGACAAAGUGUUAGCGCCGCUCGCCUCGUACGCGCGCCGACACAUAACCUAAACGACGCCGAACAGCCGAUCUCCUGCAGCGACACGCAAGUCUGGAUUCGAAGGCUGCUACGGGCCAGAGGAAGACUUACGCCGCCACUUGGCGCACUCACCGUGGUACAUACUUAUCGUACAAAUCAACCGCCUUCUAACAAGCCACGUUAACCUCAAGUGAUUUAUAUUUUCUUACACGAAGAGAGUCCACGCGCGAGAGCAACAAUUAGUGAGUUUAUCGGACCGGUGGACACAAGAGCUUUAGGAGGAAUAUUCAGGAGCAGCAGAGAAGCUAUAUAGUAUAUCUGUAAUAUUUAGUGCAGUACAAAGUCCGUCAGUGCCAAAUGCAACGCGAGAAGCAAAAGUGAAUUUUCUAGAUGUAACAGAGUUUUCGAAGAAGAAGAAGAAGAAGAAGAAGAAGAAGAAGAAGUACACCGUAAACCAAAGAAUUUAACCAUUUUUCUACAAGCCUCCCAGAACCGGAAAGCAGGCGCGAGGAGAAAGUGAUAGAGUGAGCAACGGAUCUACUUCAGUUCGUAUGCCUAAACCUGUCGAGUACAAAAGCCGCGUAGAUAGAGCAUGUCGCGCGUGAUAUCGCGGAGCCGCGGCACCUCCCUGAGCUAAGGGAGACGCGCACAGACGGUAGAAUCGUCGAGGGCACGCGGGCAGCCAGAGGACCGCACGGAGCAGCGAAAUAGCCAGCAGCACAGGCAGUGAGAGCCUCGGCACGAUGGGGCGAGGAAGAUGAGCGCCGAGGUGAAGAAGGAGGUCGUCGCCUCCGAGAGGGUGGCCAGCCCUCCGGCGGCGGUCGCGACCUCGGAGUCAGCGGCCGAGUCCGCCCGGCACCUGCCGCCCUUCAGCAGCUUCGCCGCCGACGGCAGCAGCAUGGACACCAGCGCGAGCCUCGGCAGUCUGCAAGCCCACGAGUUCUCGAUCGGCACGGGCUACGGCUCCUGGGAGCUCUACGAGGGCCUGUCCGGCCGGCUCAUCGACGCGCGCGGCGAGGUCGUCCUCGCCUCGCACCUCUCCAGGCCGUGGGAGUCGAAGAACGCGAUGCUCGCGGCCGCGGCGGCCGCGGAGGGCCUGCCCAGCUUCGCCUCGCAGUUCAGCGGGCCGACCGAGCCGGGCGCCGGCCAGGGCCAGCCCGGCGAGCAGCCCCCUCAGCUGACCACGCUGACGCCGCUCUCGCCCGCCUCGAUCUCGCACUCGCCGCCCGUCUCGCUGCCCAGCUUCCACACGCUCGGGGCGGCCCUGCCGGCGCCCCAGCCCCAGCGCGCCCCGCCGCCGCCCCUCGGCUACCCCCUCGUCCCGGCGCCCGUGCAGGCGCGCGAGCUGCCCUCGCUGCAGCAGCAGCUCGUCGACGAGCGGCACAUCCAGCUGCUCGGGGCCAGCCCGGUCUCGCAGGGCUUCGGGCCCCCGCCGAUGCAGCAGCAGCAGCAGCAGCAGCAGCAGCAGCAGCAGCCCGGAGGGCCGCCGCCUCACCACGCGAUGCUCGUCAAGCAGGAGUACCCCCCGCUGACGGGCGUCCAGGUGAAGCAGGAGUACCCGCAGCUGCACCACGCCAACUUCCAGAACCCCAUGUCGACAGUGCUGGACUGCCCGUCGCCGACGUCGCGGCCGGGCGGCGACGGGCGCAAGAAGGAGCGGAGAAAAGCGCGCGCGGGCUCGCUCGACUCGGAGGAGGGGCCCGGCGCCGCGGAGAACUCGGGCCAGGUGGCCGCGGUCUCCUCGACGGGCAGCCGCAACGCCCACCACAUGGGCGCGGGCCUGAACGACGGCGAGUCCGACGGCGCCCUCGGCGACAAGCCCGCCAAGAAGAAGCGCAAGCGCUGCGGCGAGUGCAUCGGCUGCCAGCGCAAGGACAACUGCGGCGACUGCGCGCCCUGCCGCAACGACAAGAGCCACCAGAUCUGCAAGAUGCGCCGCUGCGAGAAGCUCACCGAGAAGAAGCAUCUUUACCAUCUUCAAACCGGCGAAGGAGCGUUCAGGGAGCGCGGAAGAGGUCGAGGCAAAGGUGCAACGAGGAGCUACCGAAAAAUCGCCCGGCAAGUGAGCACACCCGACAGCGCGCCCGCAGGUCUAGGUAGUCCGCAGCCUGGAAUAGGUGGACUGCCGACGCACCAGCAGCAGCAGCAGCAGCCUCCUCCACAGCAGCAACAGCAGCAGCAGCAGCAGCAGCAGCAAACGCAGCAGCCGAACCUCCACACAGCCGACCCGAUGCAGCAAGCCAAGGAUAGCCUGAACCCGGCUGCGGGUCAGCAGCAGCAGCAGCAGCAGCAGGCCGGACCGCUCCGGAACGGCAACCCCGCCCCGGCACCGGUUGUCUCCAUGUCGCCAGGAGUGAUGCCGUUCUACGGCGACGGCGGAGCAGGUUUCCGGCCGGCGACUGGCUUCGGAAACGCCGUCUGGCACCAGGGCGUCUCGCCGGUGGGCGCAGUCACGGUCGAGGCUGCCCCGGCCGCCUGGCCGCCCCAGCAGUUCAUCCAGCAGCUGCCCGGGCCCAACCAGAUCGAGGAGCUGAGGUACCACACGCCGUACGGCGCCGCGGCGCCCUAUCAUCCCCAAACAGUCACGUAUCAGCAGCAGACCUUCAUUACGGCGGAUCAGUCCGCGUUUCAGCGCGCUGGGACAACGGGACAAUACGCAAUCACGGGGCAACCUUCGCCUCUGGCCCCGGUAGCGGCGCAAGCCCCGCAAGCCGCGACACCCCAGAGACACCCUCUCAAUGGCCAAUUCAUUGAUCCUGCCGGGACGGCGGCCCAGCCUGUAGCUUACGACAGGCAGGAAUACGUGAAUGGCUAUCAGCAGCAGGACAUAACUAUGGCUCCACCAGCUUCCACGACGCCCAAUAGUCGCAGCAGUUCGGUUCACAUGGAGGCACAGCAGCCAUCGAACCAGCAGACAGUUGUGCAGCCCGGCGACACGCAGGUCAAGGGCUUCGCGACUAUCGCGGCGAAUAAUGUGUCGGGAAACGAGAUGCCUGGGUAUCCACUUCAACCGGGCCCACAGAGUUUACACAGCUCUAACGGAUACCCAGGCUACGUAGAGCUGGGCCAACAGCAACAUCAAGCGCAAAAUCAGUGGCAGCAGGUUUCUGAUGCUAAUCGGCAGCACAUUUGGUCUGAAACAAACAGUACCGCCAAAGUUCGUACGAUAAACAAUGACAUGUCUUGGUCUAACCCGAAUAUGCAACAGCAGCAGCAACAGCAACAGCAGCAACAGCAUCAUCAACAGCAGCAGCAGCACCAACAACAGCAGCAAAAUAUGCAAAACAACAUGAAACAGUCUAAUGAACAGCAAAACAUGCCGAUACAGCAGCAACAAGAAAUUUCGAGGCCUGCGAGUCACAUGAGCUGGGAGAACGGCAGUGUCAAAGAUCAGGCACCUCACACGCCACAAUCGUGGUCUGAAAAUAUGGACAGUCAACAGACGCAACAGUCGCAAGGAAGCUGGCCUCAGCACAGUCCUAGCGUGAGGGAUAACCAGAACCCACGAUUAACGCCGUCCGCACAGCAACAGCAGCAGCAGCAGCAGCAGCAGCAGCAACAGCAGCAGCAGCAGCAACAACAACAACAACAGCAACAGCAGCAGCAAGGCUGGCCACAGCACUCUCCAAAAAUGCCUGAUCACCAAAAUACAGCGCAAAAAAAUCCAAGGAUGACGCCAGGUCCUCAACAACACAGUUGGCCCCAAUCUAGUCCAGAGAUUCAAGCGCAGCCCAAUUCUGCUCAACAAAACCCGAGACUGACGCCCUCUAAUCAGCAGUGGCAACCGCAGACAAAACUCGAGCAGAAUUCCAGACUGACCCCGUCUAAUCAAAUGUCAUGGCCUGACACGCCAACUAGUCAACCGAAUUGGUCUCCCAGCAGUAUGAAGAGUGAUGGCAGUCAGCAGCCGCAGCAGCAGUGGCCAGACUCGCAGCCCAGCCCGAGGCGGACACCUAGUCAUCAAUCGGCAGCUUGGCAAAAUCAGAACACCCAAGACAAAAUGGACAAUCAGAUGAGCUGGUCUCCCAAGUCCGAAAACCAAACAAAUUGGAAUCAGCAGAAUACAAAGCAAGACAUGCAGAAUUCCGGAGAGAGACUCGUUUGGCAGCAACAGCAGCAUCAGCAGCAGCAACAACAACAACAGCAACAACAAAAUACGGAAAGCAAUAAACCGCAAAAUGGUUAUACGGACAAUCAAGAAUCCCAAGACAUGUAUGCUCAGUCGAAUCGUGUAAAUUUGAACAGUCGUUUAAAGUCCAUGAUUCUGAAUAAACAGCAGCAGCAGCAACAACAGCAAAUACAGAAUCAAAUGCCGCAGGAUCAUCAUCAAGCUCAUCACCAGAUGCCACCUCAGCAUACGAACAAUGGCGAUGGCUCGAGCGGUGACAUGUCGGCCGACAAUCGGUUACGAGAGUCACACGAGGAUUCAGAUAAAUUGCAAGAAAAAAGAAAUGAGCAGUACAUGAACCAAUCUGGACUGAUGUCCAUGAAUCAAACCAACGAAUCCAUGACCGGUAAUUUUUUAUUGCAUAGCCACCACCCUCGGGCCAAUAGUUUGCCCGAAGGUGGUGGCUUAUGGGAAUGGUCGGAAGGAGGAACAACUGCAGGCAUGAAUAACAAUGCCAUGACGAACAGUGGAAUGUCAAGCAUCGAUAGCUUGAUGCAUUUCACGUCACAACACAAGCAAACGGACAAACGUCCGGAUAUCGAAAGCAAUAAUGUUCAAAAUCAAAUAAAUAGAAAUCAAUGGGUCGCCAGUGCCGAUGACAAUCGAGAGAAUCAAAGCAUCGACGAUAAGAGUUUUCAGCAAAGAUUGUGCAUUGAUUCCAAUGCGAACGAGAAAAGCUCCUUGCACAGCGGACAAGAGUCGAAAGCUGCUUUCGACAGUAAUCUUGCAGAAGUGCAAUAUGAUUCAAGCCAAAAAAUUAAGCAAGAAUUCAGUUGUCCAGUGUCUGUGGGAGCAGUAUCGAACGAAGAGCAAUUCUCGCGAGAUAUCAAACUGGAAAAUGAGAGCAGAGAUCAAGAAGAGUCAAAUUACAAAUUUCGAGGUGACGGUGGUCCAGCAAAAAUGUCGCCUGGAGUGGGUUCGUGGUGCUGUCGAAGAGGAGGAACGGAACAGCCCACCCCAGAACAUCUUCGCGAGGGAUGCUGCCAAGGACUCCAGACGCGGGACGAAUUCUCCGAAGAUUCGCCGCAAAAGUCCGAGGUGAAGAACGAAGAUUCCGCUGGUGGAAAAGCUAGCAACGGUUCGACAACAGGCACCAAGUUACAAGAGCAUUUAGAAAAAUUGAAGAAUAAUGUCAGGACGGAAGUACCGGACUGCGAUUGUUUUUCCGCUGACAAAUGUCCACCGGAGCCAGGCUCGUACUACUCUCACCUUGGCGCAGCAGCUAGUCUACCCGACCUCCGAAACGAUCUGGAGAGAAGAACUGGUCUGAAAGGACAUGCUAUUAGAUUCGAGAAGGUGGUCUACACAGGAAAAGAGGGAAAAACAACACAAGGUUGUCCCAUGGCUAAAUGGGUGAUUAGGCGAUCCGGUAUUGAAGAAAAAAUUUUAACGAUCGUAAAGCACCGUCAGGGGCAUAAGUGUGCAACUGCGUGGAUUGUCGUGGCUAUGGUCGCCUGGGAAGGAGUUCCAAACCACGAAGCCGAUCGAAUAUACUCUUUGCUGAGUCACAAACUUAAUCGCUUUGGUUUGCCAACGACCAGAAGGUGUGGUACUAACGAGCCAAGAACGUGUGCUUGUCAAGGACUUGAUCCCGAUACGUGUGGAGCAAGCUUUUCUUUUGGAUGCUCUUGGUCAAUGUAUUAUAAUGGUUGUAAAUAUGCAAGAAGCAAAACUGUUAGAAAAUUUCGACUAUCUGUAAGGUCUGAGGAACAAGAGGUCGAAGAAAGAAUGCACGUUCUAGCCACGUUAUUGUCUCCGUUAUAUUUGAGUCUCGCACCCGAAGCUUUCAACAAUCAAACACAGUUUGAGAGAGAAGCUAGCGAAUGUCGAUUAGGCUUCAAGCCAGGCAGGCCGUUUUCUGGGGUCACAGCUUGCAUAGAUUUCUGUGCCCAUGCGCACCGAGAUUUGCACAAUAUGAACAACGGCUGCACUGUGGUGGUGAGUUUAACAAAGCAUAGAUCGUUUUCAAAACCUGACGAUGAGCAGUUACACGUGUUACCUUUGUACAUAAUGGACGACUCAGAUGAAUUUGGAUCGAAGGAAGGACAGGAAGCGAAAAUAAAAUCCGGAGCAAUAGAAGUCCUUACAAAAUAUCCGUGUGAAGUGAGAGUUCGAUCAGUGCCACUGCAGCCUUGUAGACGCCAUGGAAAAAAAAGGAAAGAGGACGAACCUGACGUUGCAAGCAACAAAAAAGAUACGAAAAGUCCUGCCGAGAAAUUCGUCGAUACGAAUAGACCACAGAUGUAUCAAGAUCCAAGUAGGCCACCUCUUAGAGAUUCGCAGUUGUCUCUUGAAAUGACUUCGAUGUUAGAGGGAAUGGAUGCUCAACUUCAAAGUUCUCAGGUUUCUUCAACUGUUUUAGAUAGUCCAGUGUCUAUGUAUCAAAGUUGGAAUUACCAAACCGAACAGCAGUGGAGCCGACCUGGCUGGCUCGAUCAAAGAAAAAGCAAUUGGAUGAAUCCCUGGACGGAGUACGGUCCCUUUGGUGGAUUAGAUCGAGAAGUCAAGGUCGAUCCAGAUAGCACUAGCUUAGAUGAUUCGAGACCUCGAAGUGCGGUAUCACAAGAGGACUAUAGGCCAGCAUCGAGACAGAAUUCUAAUUCCGAGUCACCACGAGCCAACUAUACACAGUCUUCAAGGGGUCAUCCUAUAUCUCCGAGAGCAUCGUUGCCGAGUACACCAGUGGAAAGCAUUUAUUCCACGCCACCGCGAACCUGUCCCUCGACGCCACACGAGCCACACGAUCAAAGAUUAAUUUCACCUAGAAGUUCUGGAUAUGGUUCGGCCCCCAGUGAAUUUAGUCUUUCAUCUCCUUCACCUCGAAACUAUCAGAAUUCUUUAGACGGCAGGCAAAACAGUAUUUCUCCGCGCGCCGCUUACCAAAACUCUUCGUACAAUUUAGAAAGCCCGCAAAGAAACACACCGUCCAGGAACAAUCAACAUACAUCUACACCAAUUGGUUCCGAAGCUGCCCGGAGAAAUCAGUCCCCCAGUAUGAAUCAACUCCGAAGUCCAAGCUUGAAUUCGAGCGACAGCUAUAGUUCUAAUAUAUCCUCUCCGCGGUAUCCAGUCGAUCAUAAUCAAAGAUUUCCCGGAAGUAUGGCACAGAACAUUGCAGAAAUGCAAGAUUCUAAAUCCACGCCGAAAGCUCCAAUAUCGCAAAUCCCACAGCAAUCCGAAUCUAACUCAAGGCUGGCUGAGUAUGCGAAUCAGGGUUACGCGAUGCCUGGGCCCAUGAAUUCCGAUUAUUUACUGCAAAAUCCACUUCACAUGCCAUCCCUUCCGCACCAGACUUACGAUCAACAAAACGAAAAUUCAGUCAACUCUGCUGAACAAAAAAGAACUUUAAAUAAUUCUAGAGGGCCGUCUAAUCUUAACUAUCCGUCCGGUCUCACGGAACAAUCCAAUUGGAGUUCGUUGAGUUCGUGGGGUAAUGAAACUGCAAAAAAAUCUGCGCAAUCGCCUUCGCAUACAACUCACCAAGGCUUACCAUCUAAAUUGGAGUACGGUAACACUUCAAAAACAUCCUGGGACGAAAGACAAUCGCACUCCGAUGCGAUAAAACCGGCUUGGGAUGCACCGCCAGAACCACCGUCGCCCUUCAGAGUGCCAAAGGGGAGGCCACCUUCGAGAACUACGCCUAAUCACAACCCUCAACCUGAGUCCGGCAAUUCGCAAAGCUCCGUAUCGAAAACAUUCCUCAAGCCUCAAGAACCAAUUAAAAAUAGUCCAAUUCAACAGCGGAAACCCGAAUGGCCACAAGAUAGAUUGAGAGAAGGUUUUCAAGAAAGCACAAGACAAGAAGUACCGAACCAAAAUCCAGGUCUGAGCUGGGCCGAGGCUGAAAUGAAGCAAGUGCAAGAUUUUCACACGAUGACCGGUCUUGGUCACCCUUCAUUUCCACAAUAUGGAUAUCCGAGCUAUCCAGUUUUCGACAAACCGUAUCCAAACACGUGGGAUGGAUACAACUACAAUCCUGCUUAUCACCCGCAAGCUGCCGAAUAUCCUGCAGCGCAAUUCUAUCAACAGCCCAAGAGGGAUUCCUGCUUCCCGCCAGCUCAGUAUCCAUUCCAGAACGUGCCAGCGCCUUACCAAGGUCUCAACCCGGGCUGGGCGCGCUGGGAAGCGCCUGGUUGCCCACGCUGGGAUCUGUAUGGGCCACCUUCCUACUUUCCGGUUUUGCCUGAGCCAGCGCCCAAAGCAGAGCCUCUCGGCGAAGUCGCCGAUUACUCCGACAACGAGGAGUGCUUCAAAGACUCGCAGAUGGGCGGCGUAGCCAUAGCACUGGGCCAUGGCAGCGUCCUCUUCGAGUGUGCCAAGCACGAGAUGCACGCCACAACCGCUCUGAAGCGACCCAACCGCCUAAACCCGACCAGGAUAAGCUUGGUGUUCUACCAGCACCGCAACCUGAAUCGACCGCGACACGGCUGGGACGAGUGGGAGGAGAAGAUGCGACUGCGCAAGCUCGGCGUGAGCGCGACCAGUGCGGGUGGCACGGCGACGUCCCAGGCGGCGCCGAGCACCUCCUCGAGUCCUGGCGCGGCCACGGCGAGCGAGGCGCCCCUGGCUCUCCCGCACGUGCCCAACGUCCCAAGCUCGCAGUUCAUGAUGAGGUCGCCGACGUACACGACCAUGACAUGGACGACACUCUUCCCGAUGCAUCCCUGCAUGAUAACUGGUCCGUAUCAAGAGGGUGGAGCCAUCGGAUGAUUGUCGACCGGGCCCUUUGGCCCGAGCUAGCCAUAACCGAACCGUUGACAUUCGUUAUAGCUGACUGAUUCGGUCUACCGACGAGGUGCCGUUAAAGAGGCUAGCGACCAAACGCAAUUAUAUCUGUAUAGGUUUACCUGAGUUUGGCUAAAGUUCCGAAACGAACUUGAUUCAGGCUAAUCUUUAAAUAGUUUUUAAUAUACUGCGUAUUUUCGGACUUUUCAAUUUCGAAUUUUAAAAAAAGGAAAGAAAAUUAAAAAGUCGAAAGUACGUAAAAGCGGAUAGAGCUGUAGAUUUAUUGUGUAAUAGAAUGUCUCCGCAUUUUAUCAAUGCGACUUUUUAAAGCGUGACUGAAAAAUACAUUUUGAGAAAUCGCACAUGUUACAGGCAACGAGGACAGUUUGUAAUUUUCUUUCUUUACGUUGGACGAUAGCACGUGCGCAAGUGAAUCGAUAAUUUUGGGCGUUCGUUGUAAGAAAUUAAUUUGUAUUAUUUGAAUAUUUGUAAAUAUUAGGUGACAUUUCUUACUUCCAGGUCAACCUCAACUUUUCUUUUUCUACUCUCUUUUUCACGCGAAAAAAAGUUCUUUCUUCUCGCUUCUUUACUUUUUAUUCAGGGAGUAAAUACUUUAUUGGGGAAAAACGAACGUGGAGCGAAGAGUCCACUUAUAAUUUAUUUAUUAUCACUGUUUCUGUCGCUCCCCCUCUCUCUCUCUCUCUCUCUCUCUCUCUCUCUCUCUUUCCUGCCGGUUCUUUCCUUCGAUCCUUUAUAUUGUAUGCGAUUGUUUGCCCACUUAUCAUCCGAUCUUUAGUGAAAUUUAAAUAUUAUUUUAAAGGACUUACAUUUUUAGGUACUGAUCAUUAGACAUAUUGUAUCGAUCGAUUGUAUGCAAACUUUUAUAUUUGUAUGUAUGAGCGUGCGCGCGGGAUCAAGGAUGACAGUCGAGGAGACUAAAAAAUGGCCGGAUUAUGUAAAGAGAAGGGAUGUUGAGUAAAUAACGUGAUGGAUUGUCAGCCUGGUCGCGAUCCAGAGUAUUAUAAGAAUCAUUAAUAUAUUAUCAUCAAUAUCAUAUACAAUAAUUAUUAAUAUAAUCUAAUUUAAAUGAUUAUUUAUUAAUUAAGUUUUGAAAGAGUGUUAUGUACUACUAUAACUUGCGAAGCGGCCGUCUAAGAUAAAGUUUGUAAAAGUGCCGUAAAAGCGACGAGCGAAGAGACACAUGCGCUAUUUGUCAAAAAUCACCGUAAAUUUCGAAGAAUCAAUAUUUUCGAGAUGACUGUCUUCGACGUUCCAAAGGAAGUUUUUGCGAAAUUAGUGCUCAUUCCGCAAAGCCGUAAUGGCGUCUUCUCUUAAUAUCCUUAAUCUAUUCCGAACUUUUAGCUAAGUUGAUUAUUCAUCUACCUAUUUCAACCUACUCGUAUUACGUGCAAUUGCACAUUUUUUGUAAGGACAAACAGAAAUAUUCCAAUUAAAAAUAUUUUUGCUCAUUUUUA